UAGUGUUUUACUGAAUGAAGGCUAGGGGUCGUGCGCCUCCCUCUUUUUUUUCGCCCUCCUUCCCUCCUCCCUCUCCCUCUCCCUCUCACACAAUACGAACACAGAGACACAAUCGACCACCACCAGGAUUCCACCAGUUCGCGACCACCACCAGGAUUCCGACCAGUCGACCACCGCCUCGUCGCUGUCUUCCGCAACUCAAUCGCCUCAAACCUCUUCCUCUCCCUAAGCCUCGCAUUGCGGCCGCCGAGAGUAAUCGGUCACCAACUCACCAUUGAUUUGAGCUUUUAAGAUUGGCGCCACUCAGUUUGUACCAAUGUGGAAAUCACCUCCCAUGUCCUAUCUGGUUGGCCGUUUAACUCAGCUUGGAGUUAUUAGGGCCCAAGUUCUGACUUCUUCAUACAGCACGGCGGCACAUGCUCAACUAUAUCACCAUACAACAGGAAAGGCUGCUGUGUCAUUGGAGGAUCAACACAGCAACCAAGGGAUCCGUCAUUUUCCUGAGAAAAAUGCUGGAGGCGAAAACAGGAACCAAAUUGGAUGGAAUGUUUCUAGAAAGGAUAAGGUCAACUUUCUUGUCAAGACACUUCUUGAUCUCAAUGAUAGUAAGGAGGCUGUUUAUGGUACUCUUGAUGGAUGGGUUGCAUGGGAGCAAGACUUUCCUAUUGGAAAACUUAGGAUGGCAUUGAUUGCUCUUGAGAAGGAACAGCAGUGGCACCGAAUUAUUCAGGUAAUUAAAUGGAUGCUAAGCAAGGGACAGGGAACCACCAUGGGAACAUAUGGGCAGCUAAUACAUGCUUUAGAUAUGGACCAAAGACCAGAAGAAGCACACAAGUUCUGGAAGAAGAAGAUUGGCAUGGAUCUGCAUGCAGUUCCAUGGCAGUUAUGCAAAAGCAUGAUGUCUAUAUACUAUCGAAACAAUAUGUUGGAGAAUCUCAUAAAGCUUUUUGAGGGCCUGGAAGCUUUUGAUCGUAAACCUCCACAGAAAUCUAUAGUCAGGAAAGUGGCGGAUGCAUAUGAGAUAUUAGGCAGGCUUGAAAAAAAAGAGAGGGUGUUGGAGAAGUACAAUUAUCUCUUCACUGAGGAUCAAUCACGGAAGAAACCUAGAAAGGCCUUGUCUAAGGAGAAGAAGAAACUAGGCUAAAACUUAUAAUUGAAUGAGCUAUAUCAUAUAACUUAUAUCUAUGCCAAUGUAUACUAUUGUAUAUGCAAUUUCUUUGAUUAGUGGGAAUGCUCUGUUGGAUUGUGGUUUCAUGAUUCUGUUUCUCUUGGACCAAUAUGGACUGGCCAAUUUGGUUUGGUUUGGCUUUUAAUUUGUACUGUAUCCCAUGUAGUUUGGGUUUCUGAAUCCAU